AGUCACACUCAGACACAGAGAAUAGCAAAUGUUGGUAUACAUAGGAAAAGAAAGAAUAAGAAUCAAUCUUUUUUGCCUGCAUUAAAAGAUUUAGGUUUGGGGAAGUUUCAAGUGUGUUGUGUGUUUCAGGGAUCAGAUCAGAGGGUGACAUUCAAGUGAAAUUUUUCAAAGUUUGUGGAGCAAAGCAAUGAACUCUUCUGGUGGUGUAGCAUCACGGACAAGAUCACGUACGAGGUUCGCUCAUGACAUCAUGGGGGGAACGCAGAGUGGCUCUUCAAGCAAGAGCGUGCAGAUGAAUUUAAGAGAAAAACCAAGAGAAGAGAACAAUACAGUGCUGGAGGAUGAUUACGAGUUAAAGGGUUAUGACACCGAUUCCUUGGACGACGAAUAUGUUCAGUUUCUUGGAAUGCAUGUGAAGCAUGCGAAUGGUGACAGCAUUGGGAGUUGUCAUCAUGGAAUGGAGAUCGAAAUAAUCAGCGAAGCUGAAUUCCGACAGACACCUCAUUGUCCGAAGUCUUCACCGGCAGUGGAAUCUGGCAGAGGUUGUGCAGGAAAAGACAAUGAUGAUAACACAAUCAAAGAAUCAACUUCUGUCUGUCCUAGAACAAGAUGGAGUAGAACUAGCUCUGAUAGAAGCAGACAGUUGGAUCAAAACAAAUGUUACGCUGAUUGUAAUAGCGCUCUUCUGCAAGAAGAUGAGAAGUCACAUGGAUCAGAACACGAAAUAGGCAUAGCAGGUUGGACUAGAUCAAAGAGAGGGGUUGCCAGAAAGCCCAUAAUGGUGGACGACAUUUCCUUGGAUUUAUCGGAUGGAUCAUCGUCUCCUGGUGACAGCAGUCUUUCUGAUUCUCCUUCUUCAAGUGAGCAUGAAGACUGUUCUGAUGGUAUUGAGCUAUUAUCAGAUAGUCAUAAUGAAGAAGAAUCUAUCGAUCAGCAAGCUUCUAAGAGACAGGAGUUUGCACCAUCGAAAGUGCAUGAAGACAAGGUUCAAGUUGAAGUUCAGUUACUCGGAGAUAGUAGUAAAAGGACAGUAGGAAAUAUAGGUAAUUGCUCCAGCAGACAAGAUAGCUCGAGAAAUAGACCAGGAAGCAAAAGGGAUCAUGUGCAGAAAUCAUCUUCAUUGUUAAUAAGUCAGAUGUUUACCGAGAAAGAGUUCAAAGAAGAUGAAGACGAAGUGGGAAUUGACAGUUCAUGGACUGGCAGAACGAGUAUGAAAAUGUGGAUUUCUUCAUCAGGUACUAGGGGUGCUCGAGUUGCUCAAGGAAUUGGGAAAGAAGGGAAAGCACCUAUAAGCAAAUAUGAUUCGUCAUUGAAGAACAAAGAUAGUGAUAAGAGUAACACUGCUUUGCACGAUCAUUCUCCCACAUACGAACAUGUUAGAGAGAAGAAAGCAAAAGUCAAGUUUGAAAACAAUGAGCAGACAAGUGGGAGGCGGUUUUGUGCAAGAAAGUAUUAUGAUUUGUACAAGGACAAUACAGAGCUGGAAGAUGAUUACGAGUUAAAGGCUUAUGACACUGAUUCCUUGGACGACAAUGAUGUUCAGUUUCUUGGGAUGCAUAUAAAGCAUGCAAAUGGUGACACCAUUAGUGGUCAUUGUGGAAUGGAAAUCGGGGUAGAAAGAAUCAGCGAAGCUGAAUUCAGGCAGACACAUCAUGGUCUGAAAAAAGAAUCUUCACUGGCAGCAGAAUCUGCCAGAGAUUAUGCAGGAAAAGAGAAUGAUGAUGACACAAUCAAAGAAUCAACUUCUGUUUGUCCUAGAACAAGAGGGAGUCAAACUAACUUGGACAGAAGCAGACAGUUGGAUCAAAAUAAAUAUUAUGCUGAUUGUAAGAGCCCUCUUCCGCAAGAAGAUGAGGAGAGGUCACAUGGAUCAGCACACGAAACAGGUAUAGCAAGUCGGACUAGAUCAAAGAGAGGGGUUUUGAGAAAGCCCACAACGGUUGACGAUAUUUCCUUGGAUUUUUUAUCGGAUGGAUCAUCAUCUCCUUCUGAUAGCAGACCUUCUGAUUCUCUGUCUUCAAGUGAUCAUGAAGCUGAUGAUUCUGAAGAUGAAGAAUUCACCAUGGAGCAGUAUGACUGUUCUGAUGGUAUUGAGCUAUCAGAUAGUCAUGAUGAACAAGGAUCUGUUGAUCAGCAUGCUUCUAAUAGACCGGAAUUUGCAUCAUUGAAAGUGCAUCAAGAAGAGGCUCAAGUUGAAGUUCAAGAGCUCGGAGAUAGUCGCAAAAGGACAGUAGGAAACAUCGGUAAUUGCCCCAGCAAAGAAGAUAGCUCCAGAAAUAGACCAGGAAACAAAAGAGAUCAUGUGCAGAAAUCAUCUCCAUUGUUGUCAAGUCAGAUGUUUACCAAGAAAGAGUUCAAAGAAGAUGAAGACGAUGAGGGAAUUGACCAUUCAUGGACUGGCAGAAAGAGAAUGAAAUUGAUUUCUUCAUCACAUACUAGCGGCACUCGAGCUGCUCAAAGAAUGGGGAAAGAUGGGCAAGCAUCUAUAAGGAAAUAUGGUUUGUCACAGGAGAAUGAAGAUAGUGAUAAGAGUAACUCUGCUUUGCACGAUAAUUCUCCCACAUAUGAACAUGCUAGAAAUAAGAAAGCGAGAGUCAAGUUUGAAAACAAUGAGCAAAUGAGUGGGAGGCGUUUAUGUGCAAGAAAGGAUUAUGACUUGUACAAGGACCUCUUGGAUUCUGUACUGGAUAAGACAGCAGAAGUUAAAGAGGAUGGAAGUCAUGAGGAACCCAAGCAGUCGCUUGAACACAAAGAUGCCCUUCCUCUGAAGUUCAGAUUUGAGGAUGAGAUCACAACAGCAGUAGAAAAAUCAGAAUCUGAGUUGAUCAUUGAACGUCUGUUUGACGAAAUGGAACUUUGUCUGACAUAUGGAGAUAUGGACUUCAAUGAAUACCAUGAGGUUGCAAAAGAUACUACAAAUUCUCCUGAUGACGAAGCAAAUCAAUACACACAGUGUUGUAAGGGGAAGCAUCAGCUGAUCGAGGAUGAUGAAAUCGGAGUGAUCUGUAAAUAUUGCUUCCAUAUAGAGCUUGAAGCAAAACACGUUAUACCUCCAUGGGCAGAAAAAAUGUAUCGAGGGGCAAAUAGGAGGUUCGCCGGGGCUGAUCAAUCUUAUGUGCUAGACGGCCUUGAUAUGGAACCAGGAGAAGAUUUCGCUGGUUCUUGCAAUCCUAGGAAAGGAACAAUAUGGGAUAUUAAACCUGGUAUCAGAGAAACAAUGUAUGAACAUCAACGAGAAGGGCUCGAGUUUCUAUGGAAGAACUUGGCAGGAACAACUGAUCUUGCUCAAGUGAAGACUGCAGAGUCCAGAAAUCUUGAAGGAUGCAUUAUUUCUCAUGCUCCGGGAACUGGCAAAACCCGCUUGACGAUGGUUUUUCUCGAGACUUACUUGAAGCUAUAUCCUGAUUCUCGACCCCUCAUCAUCACACCAGCUAGCAUGCUCCUUACAUGGGAAGAAGAAUUCAGGAAAUGGGACGUGCAGUUCCCGUUCCAUAACCUGAACAACUUGGAGAUAUCAGGAAAGGAGAAUAAAAUGAUUCUUCAACGUCUGCCGGAAGGGAGGCCCCUCAACAACACAACAGUGCGGACAGUGAAAAUCUAUUCUUGGAACAAAGAGCAAAGCAUUCUUGGAAUGAGCUAUGAUCUAUUCAAGAGCCUGGCUUGGAAGAAAAGCGAAAAUGAGCCUGUGACUAGGAUACUUCUUGAGAAGCCUGGUCUGGUUGUUCUUGACGAAGGGCACAUUCCACGUAGUCAGAAAAGCAACAUCUGGAAUGCCCUUCUGAAGCUGAAGACUAAGAAAAGGAUCAUUCUUUCAGGGACACCUUUCCAGAAUAACUUCAAAGAACUCUUCAACAUUCUGCGCAUAGUGAGGCCGGCAGUAGCUGGAGUUCUUGCUAAAGAGAAAAAGUUUAGUGAAAUGAUAUCUUGUAGGGGAAGGUGCUCGAGGAAAAAUUACAGGGAUAUCGAAGAAUCUCAAUUUUCUGUCUCCGUCAUGGACACUGCAAUAGACGAUCUAAAAGCUGCCAUGGCACCAUUUGUUCAUGUUCACAAAGGCGCCAUUCUUCAACAGAGUCUCCCUGGUUUGAGAGAUUGUGUUAUCCUUCUAAGACCUCCAGAACUGCAAAAGAGUCUAAUACAGAGAAUAGAAGGGUUGAAAAAUAUGUUUAAGUUUGAUCAUAAGGUCGCACUAAUCUCUGUGCACCCGUAUCUUUUCACUCAAUGCCGUUUAACAGAAGAAGAGAAAAGUGGAGUCGACCAGGCUGCAUUGGAGGCAUCUAAGCUAAUUCCUUUUGAAGGAGUAAAAACAAGAUUCAUGAUGGAGCUCGUUCGUCUCAGCGCAGUGCGGAACGAGAAAGUGCUCGUUUUUAGCCAGUAUCUCGGACCUCUGGAUCUGAUACAAGACCAUCUUAAAGGAUUCUUUGGAUGGGGAGAAGGGAAGCAAAUUCUCAAAAUGGAAGGAAAAAUGGGACAAAAGGACCGGCAGAACUUGAUAAACGCUUUCAACGAUCCCAAAAGCGAAGCCAAGGUCUUACUUGCAUCGACAAGGUGCUGCUCAGAGGGCAUAAACUUAGUCGGGGCAUCCAGAGUCGUGCUUCUUGAUGUUGUUUGGAAUCCUUCAGUGGAAAGGCAGGCUAUAUGCCGAGCGUAUAGGCUGGGACAGAAGAAGAUUGUCUACACCUACCAUCUGAUGACUUCAGGGACAACAGAGGGGGAUAAGUACUGCAGACAAGCUGAAAAGGAGCGGCUAUCCGAGCUCGUUUUCACUUCUUCCUCCAAUGAACAAUGCAAGUCCAUGAAUGCUGAUACAUGCAUUGAUGACGGAGUUCUUGAAGAUAUUGUUGCUGAUGUGAACCUCAAAGACAUGUUUGUGAAGAUCAUUUAUCAGCCAAAGGAUAAGAACUUGGUUGAAACUUUCAGUAUUGCAUCUUGAUGGCGAAAAUUGACAUUUGUCUUCAAUCUCAUCAGCUUUGGCCACUCUCUGUUGCCCCAUCCAGAAGUUUAUUACCAAAGAUUUGAGUUCUCAUAUACAAACACAUUAUCAAAUGAACCAUCUUCUUACAUCUCAAAACCUGAAGCAACUGCAGCUGAAAGCAUUCAUUUCUGUGCUUGGAAAUUUUAGUUGGUUAAAUUA